AACCCCAGCAAAGAGACAGAAGACCUUCUCAAGGAGGUGACUAAAGCAAAGAAGGACGCCCAGAACAUGUACAAAAAUAAUGUCUUCAAUCUAGAGACAAUGAAAUCGAAACUACGUGACCUCAACAACCGAGUGCAAACCUGUAAAACUAUACCUGAAGACUUCAGAAGUACUUGUCAUCAGCGUAUCAUGUCGAGAAUAAGUUCUCCAGUUGUUACCAAGCUCAAUUCUGUCAGCAAAUCCUAUAUCUCAGGUGCUUGGGGUCGCGAUGCCAAACGGGACGGUAAGGAACGCUAUUGGGAACACUGUCUGGUAAGCGGAAACCAGCAUGGCAACACAAUCAGGAUGUACAACUCAUACGAAGAUUUCAUGGCUAGCAAGAACUACAAAGACGAAUACAUCGCGUCAUCCUACAGCCACAAGAAUGCCGUUCAGGGCUCUGGCACUAUACUGUACGAAAACACUGUAUUUUACCAAUGCUACGGCACUGCUGAAAUCUGCAGCUUCAACAUUACAACACAAGCAACCAAGCGUGUGCAACUACCUGGUGCCGGAAUCGAAAACAAGUUCCCUUUCUGCUACUACAGCUGCCGCGAUUGGACCGACAUCGACCUGGAGGCUGAUCAAGAUGCCGUGUGGGUGAUUUACGCCACUGAGGAGAACAACGGCAACAUUGUCGUGAGUCGUUUAGACCAGCUGUCGCUCAAUGUUACUCACACCUGGAAGACGCGUCUCUUUAAGAGGUCCGUCACCAGCACUUUUAUGGUGUGUGGGGUCUUAUAUGCUACUCGCUUUGUUAAUACUUACCAAGAAGAGGUGUUUUAUGCUUUCGAUACAACCACUGGUCAAGAGGUAAACACUCUUUCUUUGCCUUUUGAGAAGGUUUCUGCUGGAAUAGCCAAUCUGAACUACAAUCCUGUUGAUAGGAGACUUUACAUGUAUAAUGAUGGCUAUCUGUUAGCAUAUGAUACCUUCAACUAAGGGUCUUUCAUAGGCAGCUAAGAAAAAAAUGCAAUACAGUUUAAAGCCUAAAUCGCACAGCAUGCUGAAAAAUCUCAAAAUAUGCACAGUGGUUAAACUAAAGCUUUUCGCUAUAUAAUUAAGUGAUUGUGAGACUUUUAAAGUGCUUGAGUCAGAUCCAUUUUGUCAUUACAAUAAAUGUGCUUUU